GUGGAGCGCAGCGACAGCGGGAGGAAAGUCCCGCCUGCGGGUGCCGGUGUGUUUGAGUCAGGUCAGAGAUGGAUGCUGCCGUCGCUGUCCGCGGGCUUGUGGGCUCGGUUCUGUCGGUCCUGCUGCUACUGAGCUCCGGCUGCGGUGCCAAAGAACCGGAACUGAACCACGUGACCUGCGGCUCCCUGGUGAAGCUGCUGAACACGCGCCAUAACGUCCGACUGCACUCACACGACGUCAAAUACGGCUCAGGCAGCGGGCAGCAGUCUGUAACUGGGGUGGAGAACGCUGAAGAUGCCAACAGUUACUGGCAGAUCCGGGGGAAACCGGACCGUCCGUGUCAGCGCGGGUCGCCCAUCAAGUGCGGUCAGGCCAUCCGCAUCACGCACAUGAAGACGGGUCGGAACCUCCACUCGCAUCACUUCAGCUCCCCGCUGUCCAACAACCAGGAGGUCAGCGCCUUUGGAGAGAACGGCCAGGGCGACGACCUGGACGUGUGGACGGUGCAGUGUGACGGCGUGCUGUGGGAGCGCGACGAGGCUGUGCGCUUUAAGCACGUGGGCACGGAGGUGUUCCUGAGCGUCACGGGCGAGCAGUACGGACACCCCAUCCGGGGCCAGCGCGAGGUGCACGGCAUGAACUCCCCCGGCCAGCACAGCUGGUGGCGCACCAUGGAGGGGGUCUUCAUCCAGCCCAGCAUGGAGCCGCUGCGCCACGACGAACUCUGACAUCCCGGAUGUAAAUGCAGACUGCUGACGCCGCGCCUGGCGUGGGGGGUGGGGGUUAUGGUCGGGGUGGUUUAGAUGCUCCAAAAAAAUGUUGUUUGUUUUAUGAACUUAAGGAUGAAGGAAGACGUGAACAGCAUCCAUGUUGAACUCCAGAGGAGCUUUGGGAUUGGCUCAGCUUCACUGAGACUUUAGCGUCCUGCAGGGGGCGCCACAUUCCCUCAUCGUCCUGUGGGGCGCCUCAUUCCCUCAUCGUCCUGCAGGGGGCGCCACAUUCCGUCAUUGUCCUCGGCUGCCGACUUCAGACUGAAACCGGUUUUUAAGGUCCCAUUUGUAGUUUUUCAGCA